AUGGAUGUACAGCCAAACGCCAUCGCCGGGCCCAGCUCUGAAGGUGCGCUGCCCAGACGGAGAGAGUCGGAUGCCCCGCCCAUGUCGCCGUCUUCAGCACCCCCGGUGCCAUCAGCAAUCGCCGUGAUGCAUCCGUCACGGUUCAUCCACACUCACCACCCCCGCCGCGCGUCUCUGAUCCCUCUGGGAAUGAAUGUCAUCUCGCCCGUGGCGCCUGAACACUUGCGCGAACGCGAGUCAAUAAAUCCCGCGAGAAACGUCGGUUUUCAGCCAAAUUACAGCCUGGAUGUCUACAAUGCCCUGCAAGCAUCGCCAGAUGCCAGCCGGCGGGAUUCUGUUGUCAGCACGACGUCGACAUUGACGCUAUCGCGUCCUGCGAACUGGCCACCCCAGCAACAGGCAACACAUCCUUUCUACCCUCCCAAUUGGAGCUCCGGUCCAAGGCGGUCUUCCCUUACUCCAUCCAUCUCCGCCGUCGCACCCCCUUCUCCGACGCGGGCUGUCGCUAGCGGCCGCUCGUCAAGACCCUUGACGAGUGAAAGCGCCCAGUCAAAAACGAACGGGCGCGAUACCGCCAGUGGAUUCCUGUAUUCUGCCGCCAAGGGCGAUCACCACGCGCGACGAGGCAGUCUGCCGCAUAUAGGACACCGAAAUUGGGCAGGCCCCUCACAGAGAUCGUGGAAUCCAACUCUGCCGCCUUCAAGAGGUUCGGUCGACCAUGAAGAUACUCUACCCAGUGCAGACUUCAAAUUCGGUUCUGGUCCUUCGUCCGCACCCUUUUCGCCUUUUGCAGGGUCGCCCCGAGGCAAGGAACCGAAAAAGCAGGAAGAUAUGAGCGUAUUCGAGCAAGCCGAGGCGGAAGAGGCUGAGAGGCAGCACCACGCAUUCAUGGCAGCCACUUAUGGCGCGGACGGGCAAAGAGCUAGAGAUAGACUCAGUAUCGGCGGACAGUCGGGAUACUCGUCAGGGUACUCGAGUGCAGGUCGCGCAGGAGGAUUUAGACGGCAGAGCUUGAUGAUGUGGGAGCGGAUGGGACUCUUUCGGGGCAGCGGAGACGAAAGUGCUGUUUCUGCGCCGAUUGGCCCUACGCAUAGCACGCAUCUGAUGGAAACGUCUAUAAAUGACGAUGACUUGGGUCCCAGGCGGGGAAGUCUGCCCGUAGCGAUCCCAGGAGGGGUGUCUAGGAAGGAAUCGAGGAGAGAGGCAAGAGUCGUCAAUCUGGAUCUGUCACCUCCAGAAGGAGAGGAUAAGGAGGAAGAUGAAGAGGAAGCACGGGAAAACAUUGGCGAGGUGGUACCAAUACCAAAACGUCCACUUCCACCACUGCUACCCCUUUCCGAUCCCGGACCACGCCUACUCCCUUCAACUCUCGCACUCCACCGCGCCAACCAUCUCUUGAAUGCUCGAAAUCUUCAGUCAGAUCCCUUGCCGCCGCCAUUGCCUCCUUCUCUCCACCCACCAGACCCUGUCGACGUGACCGAGUUUGAUAUCGAUUUCAUCCUCGCGGGCUCGUCGGCACAGCUUGGAGGACAGCCUAUUGGCGCAAAUGAUUCUGUAGAUGGUCUCGGCGGACCCGCUGGUUUCGGCGAACUCUCUGGGCUACCUGCAGGAACGUUUCAGCUCGGGCGGGAGGAGGAAGAUACGUUUGCCAAGUUUGUCGGGCAGUUUGACGACGAAUACGGAGACAGGCGAGGCGAAUGGACUUUCCGCUCUUGUCGACACCGUUCAGCGUCAACUGCUCACCCGUCACACGACCCAUUUGAUACUUCCGACCCAGUCAGGGAACCAAAAGCUGAAUGGGAGUCUAGUGGAGCCGGCAAAUACGAGCUGUUUGCGAAUGGCGAAGUGCGGAGUAUCGUCACUGGCAGGACAUGGAGAGUUCAGAAGAUUGGUUCUCGAGAGUACGAGCUGGAAGAUGUCAAGCCGUGGACAGGCGGUCUGCAGCCUACUGUUGAAAAAGGCGAAAGAUUCUCCCUUGCAGGCAAGAAUGUCCACCGAGACCAGGGUGGUGUGAAACUCCCCUACUUCAACGUAGGCGCCUUCCUUCCCGACGCCCCAUCACGGCCCUCUCCUCUACGCAAGUCUUCUGGUGCCGCGGGCAAGCUGCGCGCUAGCAUGUCUGAAGCCAUCCCCCAAGUUCGGUCGCGUGCUUCAGGAGGCCGCUCAGAUAGCGAAUCGUCAAGUGCCACCCUCUCCGGGCUGUCUCAAUCCUUGUCCAACGGUCCCAAACCACGCAAGGAAAGCGACCGUACGCGCGCCCUGAGAGAAGAUAUCCUCUUUGGCUCUGGACCCGGCAACACUGGAUCUAAAAAGCCCCAUCGAGAUGCUAGCAAAGAGUCGGAAAGUGCCGAAAAGAAGGACAGAUCGUUGGGCGGUGUACUCAAGCGUGGAUUGUCCAACCUGAAAAACUCGAGCCUGGUGUCGUCAGAGGAGAGGCGGCUUGCAAAGGAAGAGAGGGACCGUGAGCGAGAAAAGGUCCAGGCCCACUCGUGGAGCGGUUCAAGCUCGUCAAGUAGUCAUCAUGGCUGGUCACCCCACUCCCAACAGGCCAGAGAUGCCGUAAAAGAUUACCGCAUGUCCGCUGGUAACCUGGAUCAUCAGUCGCAUCUCGACGGUAAGACGAUCUGGGAAGAGGAGCAAUCAGACAGGGUGCGAUGGCUUGCUGGCAAAGGAUGGGACGGCGUGCCAGACGAUGCUGUGGCGAUGAUUAUCCCACUCCACGGUGAAGCCUCGGUACCCGGUACACCUACAUCUCCUGCUCCGCUUUUGCCCCACCAAUUUCCCAGUGGCCUUCCCAAGGGCAUUCCUUCCGGUAUCAAUCUUGGUGACCAUGUCGUGCCUCAUCCGUUCUUCAGUUCCGGUACAAAGCAAGCACUGCUAGUAUGGUAUGUGCCCUUCAACUCGGAGCACGGGGACGAACCACGCCCCUCUACUGCUUCUUCGAAAUCCUCAUCCACCUCUGGCGGUCAUUCUGUCACCAACGAAACACCUCUUUCGGGCUCGCUGCCCAAGUUCCAAAAGCUUUUGCGGCGGAAGGCGAGUAGGGAUGGGAUCAAGAGGGAUCACAGUCAGGGACCUGGUCAGGCGGACGGUGUGCCAAAUGCCAACUCUCCCGCCCUAGGAAAGGAUUUGAAGCGAUCAGGGACACUGGGACAGCCGUUACCAUUCCGAAGUUUCCGAGUGGUAGCCCGGGUGGUGAACUGCAAGGAAAUGAGGUCUGACAUCGAAGGGCAAGAGGGCUCGACCUCGUUCGAGCCGGUAGAAUGGUCCGGGAACGGUGGCUCGUCCUCUCGACCCUCGACGGAUGCGCUCCAGUUUGCACCAAACGAGACGCCUCCCGACGCUGCCAUUGCUCCUUUCCUUUCCCUCGACUCUCCACCCUCCGAGGACGGAGUCGCCGUUGAAAGCCCUGCUUUACCAUCCGGGCGAAGCUUCCCUACGGUCAUCGCUGUCUGCCACUCUCGCUCCCAAGGCGUCGAGUUUGUACUCGAAGGUCUUGAUAGGCUUGGGCUGUGCAAGGGUGAAUCGGCCUGGGGACCAACAGGGUAUGAAGAGUGGAGAGGGACGGGAUUGAGCGAGCAUGGGAGGGAGCUGGUAGAUCUGCUUUGGGCGGGGUGUACGGCAGUGAUGGGGUUGAUGGGUGUUUGA